GCGGUCGGAGAAUGUCAGCUAUACGUAGACGCGAGAGAUUGGCCGAUCAGGGGAUCGGAGGCUCUCGAUCGCUCGGAGCAGACCGAACUGGAGGAUGUCGCGCAGUGGUUGAGUCUCCGUCUGUUCGCGCUCGGAAACGCCAACAGUCGUCGGAUGUGACACCUCAGACUCUCGUCGCGUGUCACUCGUGCCAGAUUUGUGCCUGAUCGCGCCAGUGAUGCUUCGACCGCAGCUUCCCACGGUUACGCACGAUCGCUCGUGAAUACCACUGCCCGACCAGGACAUUUCAGGACACUAAUUCGCGGAGAAAUCAUGUCGUACUCCAUCAAUAGACGACCCUUACUGGGAGGUGCGUCCGACAGCGAAUUUGAGGAUGAUUUGGAGACUGAAGAUGACCCUAGCAUCACAACUCCUGACGAGAAACCAUUCUUGAAACCACAUGAGCCACAUGACAAAUACAAUCUUGCGUACAUUGUGUUUUAUUUACUCGGAAUAAAUACAAUAAUCCCAUGGAGUUUUUUCAUGACUGCUGAGGACUAUUGGAUGUAUAAAUUUAGAGAAAUUCAUGAUAACUCGACAAAUCUCACUCAUACAUAUGCAGAAUUGCUUGAGCAGAAAACAGAUCUUCAAGCUAGUUUUACUUCUUAUUUAAGUGUAGCCAGCGCAUUGCCAAAUACUCUGUUUUUAAUAUUAAAUGCAUUUAUUAGUAGGAGAGUCUCUUUAACUGUAAGAAUGGUGGGUUCUCAAUGUAUAAUAUUGCUGCUCUUCAUCGUGACGACCGUAUUUGUCGAGAUGAAAACUGACAAAUGGCAAAAUACAUUCCUAAUAAUUACGUUGACGACAGUUGCGCUUGUAAAUGCUGCGAGCGCGAUCUUUGGCGGGAGCCUAAUGGGUAUAGUGGGCAAGUUUUCGCCAGAGUACAUAACGGCCAUGUCCGGCGGGCAAGCCCUCGGCGGAAUAGUUACGGCCAUAGCGGAGAUAUGCUCCUUGUGGAUCGGUGCCAGCCCGGUGCUUUCCGGCUUAGUCUAUUUCAUUAUCGGCGACACUAUGCUGCUAAUGUCGCUGAUCGCGUAUGUCCUUUUGGAGCGAGCGCCAUUCUUCAGGCAUCACACGGUAGAGAAAGUACCUGAAUUAGAUUCUGAUUAUUCCAUAAAUGGGGAAGUCAGCUUCUCGACGGGGGGUCCGAGCGUGUCCUACACGCGGAUUGCAAAGAGGAUCUGGCAUUACGGCGUCAGCUUAUUCUUAAUAUUUUUCGUAACGCUGGCUAUAUACCCGGCGGUCACCGUGCUGGUGGAGAGCGAAUACAAGGGCAAAGGCUACGCAUGGAACGACAUAUACUUUGUACCUGUGGUUACGUACCUUAUCUUCAGUGCGGGCGAUUAUGCGGGAAGAGUGUUAUGCGGUGUUCUUCAAUGGCCGAAAGGCAGGCCGUGGCUCGUGAUGUUUUUGAGCGUCGCUAGAUGUAUUUUUAUACCUGCGCUCCUGUUUUGCAACGCGCAACCGAGGCAUCAUCUACCCGUUUACAUUCACAGUGAUAUAUAUUACAUCCUAAUAACCGUUGCGUUCGCCAUCACCAAUGGCUAUCUCUGUAAUUUAACGUUCAUUCUCGCGCCCACAGUCGUAGACAGUCAGGAAAAGGAAAUUGCGUCUGCGAUGAUGGGCGCUUUCUUGGGUAUAGGAUUGGCAUCUGGCGCCACGCUCAGUUUAUACAUGGUGAAGGCUCUUUAAUGUUCAGUCCCUUUAACUGUAGACGAAUGUAAAUUAAUGACAUGACCUCACUGCCCUUUGUACAGAAUUAAGGAGCGAGAGUAUUUUAUGAUUAUUAGCUUUUAAAUGUGUAAUAACGGUUAGUAUAAAUGAGAUCGAGCUCUCGGUAAAACAUUGCAGUUACGAUUUUUUUCCGUGAAGAACUUUCUCGGCGCUGAUUUCUGCAGUGUUUUAUUGAAAAUCUGAACGGUUCUACAUUAGAAAUAUAAUUUUUAUGACUGUUUUUUAAUUCAUCUGUUUACUACUGGUCCCUUCCACUUAGCGACACAAGCGUCUUUUUUCAACAUCCAGUGUCGACAAAGAUAGAGCAUAACGCUAAACAGAAGGCACCAUACAAUUGCAUGGUGCAAUUUCGUAUUAACGUAUUUGACUGUACAAGACAUACUAAUUGACGAGAUUACAAAUUAAAUUACGAGAUUAAAAUUUGUCAAAUUAUUAGAGACAAUGUUGAAGUUAUGCAUAAAUUUUAUUCCUAGAGAUUUAUAUAUAAUUUAUGAUACAUUUAUUAUCUUAGGAUAAAAUGUAUGUAACUACAAAUGUUUACAUUUACAUAUGACAUCACAGAAACAAGUAUACUUACGAAUUAUUUGAGACUCUGAUAUCAUUGUACAUUGUAAAUUAUGUACAUUUACUUUUAAAUAUAGCAUCUAAUUUAGAAAAAAAAAGUACAGUAAUUGAAGCGAAAAAUAGAAGAGAUAUACAUACAAUAAGUAAAGAUUAUAAUAGUAGUCUCGUUACAAAUAGAUAUAUAAACAAUUUUAUGUAUGUUAAUAAAUAAAAUACUCAAUGACAUA